AUGGCAGAGGCUGUUGUGGGAGUGCUCAUCGGCAAGCUCGCUGUGGCCUUGGCGAACCAGGCAGCAGCCUAUGGUGCAUCCCUGCUUGGCAAGGAAGCUUCUGCUCUCAAGGGUCUCUUUGGCGAGAUCCACAAAGCCAAGGAGGAGCUAGUGAGCAUGAAGGCCUACUUGCAUGAGUCAGAGAAGUUCAAGGAUACCGACGAGACCACUGGCAUCUUCAUCAACAAGAUCCGGGAACUAUCUUUCCAGAUCGAGGAUGUUGUCGAUGAGUUCAUGUACAAGCUUGAGGACGACAAGCAUGGAGGAUUUGCAGCCAAGAUGAAGAAGAGGAUCAAGCAUGUUAAGGUUUGGCACCGUCUAGCUCAUAAGCUCCGUGAUAUCAAUGUCGAGCUUGAAGAAGCUGCAAAGAGGAGGGCACGUUAUGUCAUCCCAGGAAUGCAGGGACAGGCUGGGAGGGGUGAUCAUCAUGCUAGACCCACCAAUCAAAAUUUGUGUUUUGCAAGGGAAGAUGAUGUAGUGGGUAUUGAAGAUAAUGCAACCAAGCUCAAGCAGUGGCUAAUAGUACUGGCCAGUGGCCACCACGGAACAUCGACAGCCGCCUUGCGGUUCCCGUUGCGGGGCAGCGCCGGCGCGCAGACAUCAAUCGAGCAGACAGCAGAGCAUGGUCAUGGGUACUUGGCGCCAUCGGGCCCGCUCUUGAGCGGCGCAUACGUGGUGAGGACGAGGCAGCAGAGGAGGGCGAAGGAGACGGCGGCCAGGUACGGCGCCAGCCUCGUCAGCUUGCCGCCGACGCGCCGCGUGUCCACGGCAGAAGCAGGGGCAGCGUGGCCACCUGCGCCGGCGGCAUUACGUGCCUUUCGGGUGAAGGUGAAGCGGGCAAGAAGCACGGUGCCGAUGACGCGCGCCACGCCGACGGACACGUCGACGAGGGAGCAGCGUUCCUGGGUAACUGUGUCACAGAGUUACCAAGUUGAAGACUUGCUGAAGAGGAUUGCAAGAGAGUUUGGCAUCAUAACUGAUGCUAUUAACAUGGAAAUUAGAAGCUUAGUUGAGAUCAUCCGGAAACAUCUUGAAGGUAAAAGGUAUAUCUUGGUUCUUGAUGAUGUCUGGGAAAAGGAUGUAUGGAUUAAUAUAAUGGAAGUCUUUCCAACUAAAUGUAGCAGACGAUUUGUUAUGACAUCAAGAAAGCUUGAAGUUGCAUCAUUGGCAACUAGUAAUUGCACAAUUGAGAUGGAACCUCUAGGAUAUAAGCACUCUUUGGAGUUAUUCUGCAGAUUAACUUUCGGUAAUAGUGAUGAUAGAAGGUGCCCAUUAGAGUUAUUGGAUUUGGCUGUAAAGUUCUUACAAAAGUGUGAAGGCUUGCCUAUUGCCAUUGCAUGCAUAGGACGUCUAUUGUCUUUCAAACAACCGACAUACUCUGAAUGGGAUAGUGUGUACAAGGAGCUAGAAUUGCAGUCUAGUAAUAAUGUGAUGCAAGGAGUCGAUAGUAUUCUAAAAGUCAGCUUGGAGGACCUUCCAUAUAAACUAAAGAAUUGCUUCUUACAUUGUGCAAUAUUUCCAGAGGAUUAUGAACUGAAGAGGCGAAGGUCAAUUAGGCACUGGAUUACUUCUGGAUUCAUCAAGGUAAAGGAGAACAAGACACUUGAACAAGUGGCAGAGGGUUACUUGAAUGAUCUUGUAAACCGAAGCCUACUACAAGUUGUGAGAAAAAAUGCAUCUGGACGUGUGAAAUGUUGCCGAAUGCAUGACGUUAUCCGCCAUCUUGCCCUUGACAAAGCGGCAAAAGAAUGUUUUGGUAAAGUUUAUGAGGGCCAUGGGACAUUUUCGGUAGAUGGAACACGUAGACUAUCAAUAAAGAGUACCAAUAUUGUACCACUGAAUCCAUCUGGUGCGACACAUCUUCGUGCAAUCUAUGUUUUUACUAGUUCGGUUGUUGAUUUGCUGAGGACUAUCCUUGCAUCCACAACAUUGUUGUCAACAUUGGAUCUACAAGGUACUGAAAUCAAGUGUCUGCCUAAUGAGGUGUUCAGCUUGUUUAAUCUGCAUUUCUUGGGGCUCCGGAAAACUGGAAUUGAGACUCUACCAGAGGCUGUUGGAAGAUUGCAAAAUUUAGAAGUACUGGAUGCAGUUGGCACUGGUAUGCUAUCUUUACCAAAGAAUGUAGCAAAACUGAAGAAGCUUAGGUACCUAUAUGCAACUGUAAUUGUCGCUGAACGACGUCUCAUGCGUCAAUAUGGAGUAAAGGUGCCUAGGGGCAUAAUAAAGAACUUGACAGGACUGCAUGCUCUGCAAAAGGUUAAAGCCUGCUCAGAGACCCUACGUGAUGUUGCAGCUUUGACGGAGUUACGCAGAUUUUCUGUUGACGAAUGGACAAGUGAACACUCGUCAAGCUUGAGUAGUGCCCUCCUGAAUAUGAGCAAUCUUGUCAAUUUGUCAAUUACAACAUUAAAUGAAAAUGAAUCAUUUCCUAGACUGAGAGAACUACGUAUAUCGGGUGCUCGGGAGCUCAGCCAAGUAGAAAUAGAAGAAGAUGCACUGGGAAGUCUUGUUAAGCUACAUUUUUCAGGGUGCCCAGAAAUGAAGCGCCUCCCUCGUGGCAUUAAGGACCUUUCAACGCUCGAUGAAUUAUGUUUGGAAGAUGCUGCUGAUGAGCUUAUAAAGAUCCUUCGGCAGGAAGGUGAAGCAAAUGAAUGCAAGGAAGAGCUAAUGAAGAUUAGCCACAUUAGAAGGUUGAAGGCGAAGACGGCGGAGUUCCGCGACCGCCUAACGCGCGGGGAGACACUCGCCGACGUCCAGGGCGAGGCGUUUGCCGUGGUACGCGAGGCGGCUAGGAGGACGCUUGGGAUGCGGCAUUUCGACGUCCAGAUAAUUGGUGGUGCUGUGCUCAACGACGGCUGCAUUGCAGAGAUGAAGACAGGCGAGGGGAAGACGCUUGUUUCCACACUUGCAGCUUAUCUCAAUGCGCUUACAGGGGAAGGGGUUCAUGUGGUGACUGUAAAUGAUUAUUUGGCGCAGCGUGAUGCUGAAUGGAUGGGCCGUGUUCAUCGCUUUCUCGGUCUUACUGUUGGUCUGGUUCAGGCGGGUAUGAAGUCAGAUGAGAGAAGAGCCAGCUACAGAUGUGACAUUACAUACACUAACAACUCGGAACUUGGAUUUGACUAUCUUCGUGACAACCUAUCUCGAAACAAAGAACAACUUGUUAUGAGAUGGCCAAGGCCAUUCCAUUUUGCUAUUGUGGAUGAAGUGGACUCAGUACUUAUAGAUGAGGGGAGGAAUCCAUUAUUAAUAAGUGGAGAGGAUAAUAGAGAUGCAGCUCGGUAUCCAGUUGCUGCUAAAGUCGCAGAACUUCUUAUGGAGGGUGUUCAUUACACCAUCGAACUAAAAGGCAAUAAUAUAGAUCUGACAGAGGAAGGUGUAGCACAUGCUGAGAUUAUUCUUGGGACAGAUGAUCUAUGGGAUGAGAAUGAUCCGUGGGCAAGGUUUGUGAUGAAUGCUUUGAAAGCAAAAGUGUUCUACCGAAGGGAUGUCCAGUAUAUUGUCAGGGAUGGGAAAGCUAUUAUAAUUAAUGAGCUAACUGGCCGAGUUGAACCCAAAAGAAGAUGGUCUGAUGGUAUCCACCAAGCAGUAGAAGCAAAAGAAGGCCUAAAAAUCCAGGCAGAUUCAGUAAUUGUGGCUCAAAUCACAUAUCAGUCACUGUUUAAGCUUUAUCCUAAGCUUUCUGGGAUGACAGGAACUGCUAAGACAGAGGAAAAGGAGUUUUUAAAGAUGUUCAAGAUGCCUGUUAUUGAAGUACCUACGAAUCUGCCAAAUAUACGGGUGGACUUGCCUAUCCAAGCUUUUGCGACUGCAAGAGGCAAAUGGCAAUAUGUACGGGCUGAAGUAGAGUCUAUGUUCCAAUUAGGCCGCCCUGUUUUAGUUGGAACUACAAGUGUCGAGAGUUCUGAAUACUUGUCAGAGCUACUUAAAGUUCGCAAUAUUCCACACAAUGUCCUUAAUGCAAGACCAAAGUAUGCUGCAAGAGAAGCCGAAAUAAUUGCCCAAGCUGGAAGAAAACAUGCUAUUACAAUUUCAACUAAUAUGGCAGGCAGAGGAACUGACAUUAUUUUAGGUGGUAAUCCAAAAAUGCUUGCAAAAGAAAUAGUAGAAGAUAACAUACUUCCAUUUUUGACCCAUGAACCUCCUGAUAUUGACAUGGAAGGGGAAUCCACAUCCCACAAGGGUCUCUCAAAUAUAGAACUUGGUCCAUCAUCAGUAGGUCUGCUUGCCAAAGCUGCAAUCAUGUCAAAAUAUAUUCACAAAAGCGAGAGAAAUGAAUGGUCUCUUAGUAAGGCAAAAUCCACUAUUGCUGAAUCUAUAGAAAUGGGUCAAAUGAUUGGAAUGGAGAAACUGCAAGAGCGCAUGACUGAAGAGUCUGAGAUGUACCCUCUUUGUGAUGCAAUAGGACUUGCUUAUCUCAGUGUUUUAAGGGAUUGUGAAAUUCAUUGUUCUGCUGAAGGUGCUGCAGUGAAGAGAUUAGGUGGGCUCCAUGUAGUAGGAACUUCUUUGCAUGAGUCACGCCGAAUUGAUAACCAACUGCGUGGCAGAGCAGGCAGACAGGGUGAUCCUGGGUCGACACGGUUUAUGGUGAGCUUACAAGAUGAUAUAUUCCAGAAAUUUAAUCUGGACACUGAAUGGGCUGUGAGGCUAAUAUCAAGGAUAACGAAUGACGAAGACAUAGCUAUCGAGAGCAAUGUUGUUGUGAAGCAGCUUCUAGGCCUUCAAAUCAACGCAGAGAAAUAUUAUUUUGGAAUAAGGAAAAGUCUUGUUGAGUUCGAUGAAGUCCUGGAGGUCCAAAGAAAGCAUGUAUACAACCUUAGGCAGGUGAUAUUAUCUGGUGACUCUGAAAGCUGCAGUGAACAAAUUUUCCAGUACAUGCAAGCGGUAGCUGAUGAAAUUGUUUUGCUAAAUGUUGAUCCCCAAAAGCCACCCAAGGCAUGGAAUCUGGUAAAGCUUUUGGAUGAAUUUGUUGGUCUAGGCGGAAAACUACUGAGUGAAACAUUCAAGGACAUCCAAGGGCAAAACCUACAAUCAGCACUUGAGGAAAUGCAAGGUUGGGGCCCAGUUAAGGCUGAUAGUUUUGCUCUUCCAAACAUGCCGAUGCCGCCCGAUUCACUUAGAGGAAUUCGAAAGAAAACAUCUUCUAUAAUGCGGUGGUUUGCCAUUUGUGUUGAUGAUACAUCAAAGAAAGGGAGAUAUACAAACACUGCUAAUCUGCUCAGGAAAUAUUUUGGGGAUUUUCUAAUAGCUACCUACUUGAAUGCUGUUCAAGAGUCCCGUUACGAUGAUGGAUAUAUAAGUGGAAUCGAGCGGGAAGUACUUUUGAAGACUCUUGAUACGUUAUGGAAAGACCAUUUGGUAAACAUGAACAAGCUUAGUUCUGCUGUGAACGUUCGGAGUUUUGGACACAAAAAUCCUCUGGAAGAAUACAAGAUCGAUGGCUGCCGCUUCUUCAUCUCAAUGUUGAGUGCCACACGACGUCUCACCGUGGAAUCCCUUUUGCACUACUGGUCGUCUCCGAUGGAAUCCGAAGAGAUCUUCGACACAGAGGAUCAAUAG